AUGCAAUUCAAAUCUGUCGUCGUCGCUUUAGCUUCAGCUGCUAUCGUUUCAGCUCAAAAUGCUUCAUCAAACUCAACUGGUGUUAACGGUACCAACGGUACUAACGGUUCAUCAUCAGUCUCAACUGCCGGUGCUGCUUCAAACGCUAUGGGUGCUGGUGUCUUUGGUGCUGCUGUUGCUGCUGGUGUUGCUUUCUUAUUCUAA